CGCAUAACGACGUCGACAUUAGUUAUGACACUCAAAUGAAGACGAAGGAAAGGAAAAGUUGGAGCCUUGGGGCGCUUUGGCAUUAUCUCGUGUCCAACUCACGGGCGCUAGUUUAUAAAAGAAGGAUAACUAACUAGUUCUCGCAUUCUCGACCAAUCGCUUGUCAUUGGCGAACAUACCGUUUGUGUCAAGACUGGAUCUGCAAAACAUCCAGUGCAAACUACAUUCGUAAGAUGAUGAUCGCGCAUUCAUUUGUUGCGUUCCUGGCCGCUUUGAUAAUCUCAUGUCGGGCUCAGGAUCAUUCCCCGUACUGCCGUCUCUCAUCACAGCACACAAUGUGUCGAUUCCUGAGUGACGGGGCGAAAUGUGAUGGAACUGUAUCGACACGUGGCUUGGACAGAAAUAACCGGCAAAUGAUUUUGCAGACGCACAACACGCUGCGGUCGAUCGUGGCGUCCGGUCAAGAGUCGCGAGGCCAGCCCGGUCCCCAACCCCAAGCUUCCAAUAUGCAAAUGAUGAUGUGGGACGAAGAGCUGGCUGCCGUCGCUCAACGCCACGCUGAGCAAUGUCUAUUUGAACACGACUGCAACGAAUGCCGCAAAGUGGCUCGAUUCCCAGUUGGCCAGAACUUGGCCGUUGAAUGGACAAACGGUCCGCGUUUGCCGAUCAAUUGGAAAAAGCAGGUGACCAGAUGGUACGAGGAAGUGGCAGAGUUUCCAAACACGUCGGCCCGCAAAUUCGAGUUCUCAGUUGUAACGGGUCACUACAGUCAAAUUAUCUGGGCGGACACAAACCGCGUCGGUUGCGGAUUCACGUCCUUCCGUGACAACGGAACCUUCGAGACUAAUCUCUAUGUCUGUAACUACGGGCCGGCUGGAAAUUUUGUCGGAUUACCCAGCUACAAGAUCGGAACGCCGUGCUCACAAUGUCCUGCCACCACUGCCUGCAGCACCCGUUUCCCCAAUCUGUGCGAAUCCACAAAGAAAAAUCCCGAAAGCUCAGUUGAAUCGCCUGCCGAAGAAUUAUUCAAUGAAAUAUUACCCCGGCCUACAAGCAAACCUAUUCGUCCACCGUUGAAAGUGACGACAUCUAGUGGUUCAGUUGUACAACGACCUACGCAAGCCAUGGUGGCGGCUCUUGUCACGCAGCGGCCGGCGGUGAAUAAGCCAGUUAUAGUCACGCAGCGGCCGACGGUGACUAUGCCAGUUAUAGUCACCCAGUCACCUGUAAUGCAGAAACCCAUCGCAGCUACGCCAGGAACGAUUACGAAGCCAACAAGCCAACAAUUAUCAUUACCAGCAUUGGCCAACAACGCGUCCGUGGCCACAGUCGAGAAAGAUUUCGUCUGUCAAGUGGGCAGAGGAGCAUGUCGAGCCGUCUUUAAGGGCACUGCUUGGAGUUUUCGACCGCAAACCUCUUCCGCGAACCAAAUAGGCUAUUUGGAGACGCGUGUCGCAGUGGGCCAGUUGACGGAAUUGCAAAUCAACCAAAGCUUUCCAGCCCCAGUAAAAAAUACUCACGUUUGCUUGAGCUUUCAAAUGAAACAGAGGGUUGAGAUUGACGAAGACGAAGAAGAAACGUCGUUGGUUAUCCCGCCUUUAUUGAUAAAAAUCCAGCCAGAAAAAAGCCAGUCAGUGGUUGUUCCCAUAUCCAGCGGCGUCCAAAGCAAAUGGAUACAAGUAAAGUUGGCUGCCAGUCGUAUACGUACACCGUUUAAGCUCCAUUUCCAGCAAGCUGGACCUAGGUCGGAGGACGAUCCGGUUUUGUCAUCUAGAACCAACCUUCAGCUUGUAUUUGGAGAACUGCGCAUUUUAAACGGAAAUUGCAUACCUUAACACAACUGGAAU